AUGGUCGCUCUUGAUAUCCCCAAUGGCUGCACUCUCUCGCCGUCCCUCGCAACGCCGCAUCUACUCGGCACGCCGCAUCUGCAUAUCAAUCACGAUGUCGCCGCCGAUCUAGACUCGUCCAACGCCUUUGAGGGCCCUGAGAAGCUUCUCGAAGUCUGGUUCGCUCCCAGCCCCAAGGCCCUCGCGCCCUCUGUCAAGGAGAAUGGCCUCAAGUCCGUGCCCGCCGACGUCUGGGUCGAGAUGCUCGACCUUGUCAACUGCAAGAUCCUGUCCGUCAUCCACUCCGAGACUGUCGAUGCCUACCUGCUCUCCGAGUCCAGCAUGUUUGUGUUCCCCCACAAGAUCAUCCUGAAGACCUGCGGCACCACCACGCUGCUCCUGGGUCUGCACCGCAUGCUGCGCAUUGCCGCCACUGUGGCUGGUUUCCCCUUCCACAACGCUGUCUCGGCCAACGACAUCCGCGCUGCUGCCACGCCCUACCGCGUCUUCUAUAGCCGCAAGAACUUUUUGUUCCCGGACCGCCAGCAGGGCCCCCAUCGCAGCUGGAAGCAGGAGGUGAAGUACCUCGACGACAUGUUUGAAGGCGGCAGCGCCUACAUGGUCGGCAAGAUGAACGGCGACCACUGGUAUCUGUACAUUACGUCGCCCACCUUCAACCCGACCCCGCCGCAGACGCCUGUGGACAAGGACAGCAACGCUGUGCUCGGCAGCCUGGUCUCCCGCUCGAACAAGAUCCCCACCGGUAUCCUGGCGACCCCGGCCGACCGUGCCCCUGGUGACCAUGCCUCUGCCGCCGACGAUGAGGAUAAGCACGACGAGACACUGGAGAUUCUCAUGACGGACCUCGACCCGGAGAACGCGAAGCAAUUCUACCUGUCGAAUGCGAGUGCGGUCGCGCACGACAGGAUCCUGUCCCAGACAGACAGCGCUCUCCUCAAGGCUGCCACGGCCUCCAAGCAGCAGCAGCAGCAGCAGCACGGCCAUGGCCAUGGCCUCGUGCAGCAGGACAGCCACAUGUCUGACAGCACCUACAGCGUUCUCGACUCGGAGGACCUGUUUGACGUUGACGACAUUGCCGUUCAGAACGCUGCCAACGGCAACAAGAACGACAACGGCGCCUGCAGCUCCGGUGGCUCGCUGACACCCCUGAGCGAGCAUCUGGACUCUGCCGACAUGGAGGCCCUGACCACCGAGGGCCACGCUCUCGGCACGGUUGUCUCCGACAGUUGCGGUCUGUCGGACGUGUACCCCCAGUCGGUCUACCCAGAUGCGCGCAUCGAUGCCUACAUGUUUGCGCCCUGCGGCUUCUCGGCCAACGGCGUCAUUCCUGCGCCGCCCGCGGAUGGUGAUGCUGUCGCCAGUUCGACCACCAACGGCGAGAUUCCCGAGACAGCCGAGACGGCCGAGACGGCCUCGGUGUCGACCAGCGACUCCGGCCCGACCUCCGCCCAAGGCAACCACUACUUCACUGUCCACGUUACGCCCGAGCCCAACUGCUCGUUUGCCUCGUUCGAGACCAACGUGCCCGGCGGGCAAAAGGGCCGCCAGACGGCCGACAUUGUCAAGCACGUAGUGGACAUCUUCCGCCCCGGUCGCUUUAGUGUCACGCUCUUUGAGGCCAAGGGCACGUCGAUCGACAGCACCACCAAGCCCGGUGGCUCCUCCGGCAAGCGCCUUGAGCGCAUCCCCGGCUACCGCCGCAUUGACCGCAUCGUUCACGACUUUGAGGACUAUGACCUUGUCUUCCGCUUCUUCGAGCGCGAGGGCUUUGUCAGCAAUGGCGAGGCGCGCGUCGGCGAGCUGUAA